GGCCGGGGAAGCGCAAGCUCGCGGCUAGGGCUCCCGCAUCCACUCGGAGGGAGCAGGGAGGACCUCGAGGGCUCCGGAAAGGCGGAGGCUAAAAUGUGGAACCCAGCGAAGGAGUCAGGAAUUGAGGAAGGAAGCCUGGAGGCCGCGAAGCCGGUCUGAGGAGACGGAAACACAGAGGGGCAAGGUGAAGGAAUACCCCUUAACGGAGAAGGCGAAGGUUCCAGCAGCAAAACUGAGAGAUUAGAAACUGGCACGAAAAGAAGGCGGAGCCCAGCAGGGGAGCCCCUCCCUUUCCUCCUGUCACAACGGGCCUCGCAGCCGGAAGGAGCGUUUCGCGGGCUUUCCAACUGUCGGCCAAUCCCGCUCCCCCUCCCAGCAGCAGUGACUCCGCGCUUUUCGACCCGCCCGCCGACUCUGCGCAAGCGCGCCGGACAGGGGCGGGGCGCGUGGCAGGGACGUUGAGGGGCGGGGUGAGAUGAGCCAAUCAGAAGAUUCAUUUCCGGGUGGCGCGGGCGCCAUUUUGUGAGGAGGGAUAUAAACGGGCGCUGCAGCCGCUGCCGGCCCAGUUGCUUCUCUGGUGGAGUCGGUUGGGCCCUUCUCUUGUAGACGUUUCCAGUUCGGCCUUUCCAAACGUUUCCACGCGGAAACCAACCGCCAGGAAAGAGGCGCGGCGUCGAGCCGAGCUAACCUGAGGAAACCGCUGCCGCUGCAGCCGAGCUCGCGGGCCCGCCGGGGCGUUAGUUCGUCGGCGCGCAGCCCCGGCCCGACUCUCCAGAGCCAUGAGUUACGGUCGCCCGCCUCCCGAUGUGGAGGGCAUGACCUCCCUCAAGGUGGAUAACCUAACCUACCGCACCUCGCCCGACACCCUGAGGCGCGUGUUCGAGAAGUACGGGCGCGUCGGCGAUGUGUACAUCCCGCGGGACCGCUACACCAAGGAGUCCCGCGGCUUCGCCUUCGUCCGCUUCCACGACAAGCGCGACGCCGAGGACGCCAUGGAUGCCAUGGACGGAGCCGUACUGGACGGCCGCGAGCUGCGGGUGCAAAUGGCGCGCUACGGCCGCCCCCCGGAUUCGCACCAUAGCCGCCGGGGCCCCCCGCCCCGCAGGUACGGGGGCGGCGGCUACGGACGUCGGAGCCGCAGCCCUAGGCGGCGUCGCCGCAGCAGAUCCCGGAGUCGGAGCCGGUCCAGGUCCCGGAGUCGAUCUCGCUACAGCCGCUCCAAGUCCCGGUCCCGCACUCGCUCAAGAUCGCGAUCCACCUCCAAGUCCAGAUCGGCGCGAAGAUCCAAGUCCAAGUCCUCGUCGGUCUCCAGAUCUCGCUCGCGGUCCAGAUCCAGGUCUAGGUCCAGGAGUCCUCCACCCGUGUCCAAGAGGGAAUCCAAGUCCAGGUCGCGAUCCAAGAGUCCUCCCAAGUCUCCGGAAGAGGAAGGAGCGGUGUCCUCUUAAGCAAAUGAUGUGUCGACAAGCAACAUAAAGAAGGACUUGGGGGAAAGGACCACUUACCUGGUAGCACUCAGUCCAUCAGAAGAGUCCUUGGAACAAGCAACUGGCUAUUGAAAAGGUUAUUUUGUAACAUUUUGUCUAACUUUUUACUUGUUUUAAGCUUUGCCUCAGGUGGCAAACUCAUUUUAUGUGCCAUUUUUUUUGCUGUUAUUCAAAUUUCUUGUAAUUUAGUAAGGUGAACGACUUCAGAUUUCAUUAUUGACUUGGAUAUUUGAGGUAAAUUUUCCUUUUUGUUUAUAUAGUGCUGACUUUUUUUGUUUGGAAUUAAACAGAUUGGUAACCUAAUUUGUGGCCUCCUGACUUUUAAGGAAACGUGUGCAGCCAUUACACACAGCCUAAAGCUGUCAAGAGAUUGACUCAACAUUGCCUUCCUACCUUAAAAUUAAAAACCUACAAAAGUUGGUGUAAAUUUAUUUGUAUAUGUUAUUUACCUUCAGGUCUAAAUGGUAAACAGAACCCAAAUUUGUAUAAAGACUUUUCAGGUGAAAAGACUUGAUUUUUAUUUUUUUUUUUGGGAAGGAUUGUUUACCAAACACAAUUCUAAUCUCUUCUCUUAUGUAUUUUUGUGCACUAGGCGCAGUUGUGUAGCAGUUGAGUAAUGCUGGUUAGCUGUUAAGGUGGCGUGUUGCAGUGCAGAGUGCUUGGCUGUUUCCUGUUUUCUCCUGAUUGCUCCUGUGUAAAGAUGCCUUGUCGUGCAGAAACAAAUGGCUGUCCAGUUUAUUAAAAUGCCUGACAACUGCACUUCCAGUCACCCGGGCCUUGCAUAUAAAUAAUGGAGCAUACAGUGAGCACAUCUAGCGAUGAUAAAUACACCUUUUUUUUUUUUCCUCUUCCCCCCAAAAUGGUAAAUCUGAUCAUCUUCAUGUACGAACUUAAAAUAUGGAAAAUGUUAAGGAAGCAAACAAAUGGUUUGUAAUUUUGUAAGUACUUAUAACAUGGUGUAUCUUUUUGCUCAUGAAUAUUCUGUACUAUAGCCAUUGUUUCUGUAGUUUAAUUAAAACGUUUUCUUGGUGUUAGCUUU